GUAUUUUUAGGUUGGACGUCCCAUCAACCCCCUAACGGGGUUUUACGACCCUCCGGAUGACAGUCUAUAUUAGCAGAGCUGUCAGCAGAGCGCUCCUGCAGAUCCCUCAGAUUAUCACCGAGGACGUUCAAAGAUGAGCAGUGAGAAGAACCCCGAGGCGGUCGGCUGUGAGGCCUCCAUCAUGAAGAACGUCUGGGAGAUCAGGCUGCGGGACUACAAUCAGAAGUUGGAUUUGGAGCAGGAACGACUGAACAAAAGUGCUUUGGCCACUAUUAACCAGGACUGGGCUAAUCGCAUGACAGCCAAAAAGACAGGAUACAAAAGAGCUGAGAGGAAAGCUAAGCCAUCUGAAGAUCAGGCAGAUGGGGAUGUGUGGAAGAGCAAGCAGUCCAUGGCUCCUCGUGUUGCUCCCCGGGCUGCAGGUUCAGGGAUGCUUGGGAGAACAGGGAUGCAGGGCAGAGGCUCCUCCACUUCAACCCCAGGUUACAAGGACAAGAAGGGGCAAAGCAAGAAUUUCUCAAAGUUACAGUUACUCAUGAGCAUCGACCAUACGCAGCCUUCUACUCUGGUCUGGGGGAAAGCAUGGAAAUACAACAAGUCCUUGUCAUCAGCAGAAAGUGGUUCCACUGCCGAGUUAGACUGGGGCCAGUCAUGGAUGUUUGUUACCCAUCAGCCCUGUUCUGAAGCAGACAAGCCUUGGUCAGAUGAACCAAAAUUGGCUGACCCACAAGGCUUCCAUAUGUGGAGAAAAUCCGACCACAAAAAUACAGAUUCAAAGUAUGUAGAUGUGAGUCUUCCCAUAGAAGACUGGCAAAGUUCUUGGAAUCUAUCAGACAAAAUUAAGAGGGAAUCUUCAAAAAAUGACAAGACUUCCCCCAAACAAGGAUUCUUCACCAUGUUGAUAGAAACCCAACAUCAGAAUGAAGCUCUGUCUUCAUCAGAGUGGAUUGAUUCAUGGCAGUCCAUCAAAGCUGAAGAUCAGCGGGAUCAUGCAACUCCUCAAAGCGAGAAUUCAUUGAGACAGUCAGGCAGGCAGGACAAUGAUAAAGAAAUAAGCUCAGAAUGGAAAGAAAGUUGGAGGCUUGUCAACCACCAUGAAGGCAACAGUUUCAAAGCACCUCACAGUCCAGAGUGGACCAAAUCAUGGAGAAUAGCUCAGCCAGUCUUCAGACCAUCUGGCAAUGCUAAUGCUGAUGAUUUACAUAAUCAUGGUGAGCAGAGAGAGCCCCAUGCGCUAACAACUAACCAUGGGACUUCCAGACAUCACUACAAAGAUCUGACGCUUCUUCAUAAUGAAUUUCAAGGGCAGAGUCAGUGGAACAACUCCUGGCAAGUGAUAAAAAACAACUCCAAACCUUGUGAAGACAUAGAUAAAAUCCUGAAGGCCGUGCAACCAGAGAAAGACGCUGUUUCUGCUAAACUAAUUGUGGAGAAGAACCAAAUGGGGCUUAGUUCAGUGGAAAACAUUGAACCACAGCAACUACAACAUGAAGUGAUAUAUCAGACAAAAAGGGAAACGAUAAAGUCCAAACUGCUUCUUCUGGCUCAGCUCCAAAAGACUCUGCCUUCCUCAGACUGGAAAGACUGUUGGAAAACAAUAAAACAUAGAAUGAGAGAGGAGAGGAGAAGGCUGAGAUCAGAUCCUCUGAAGCCUCUUACAGAGUCUGAGAAGCAAGGGGCCACAAAGCCUAAUGCCUCUGAGUGGAAAUCAUCAUGGAAGUAUACUUGUCAGCAGCUGAAUCAACAGCCAGACCUGUGGCAGGAGGGAUGGUCCACUGCUCCACCAAUCCGUAGAAAUAUGCAGAGGCCCCCAAAUGAGUUUGCACCUGAGGAUUUCCCAAAGAAUGGACCAGCAACGGAACAGAUUUGGAAAGAAUCUUGGAAGUUUUCCAGACAUCAGUAUCGAUCGGAAGCUGGACAAACCAAGGAAAAAGUCCCCAAAGGGACACAACAUGUUUCUUCCAACAAUCUAGAGAGGUCAUGUGACCAUGAAAGACGUCCGGUUUCCACGUGUGACUGGCAGGACGCCUGGAGGGUGUCAGAAAGUCAGUACCAUCACGACAAACCAUCACUGACACAGUGGAGGGAGGCCUGGAAGUGCUCCAUCUUCCAUACCCAACACAUGGCUGAACAGGAGUCCAAAGACAAGUGGGUGAAUGGAUCCGGGGAAAUCCAGCCCCUGAAGAACCUGAUGUCCUCAGAGAAUGCCCAAGUUAAAAUGAGCCACUCUUUUGAUGACAAGAUGUUUAGGCAACGUUACCCUGAGACAGAUUGGAGCUCCUCAUGGAGCGCGAGGCCACUUCUCAAUAGUCAACCAAGUUUUAAUGGAUCCAGUAGUGGUGGUCAGCAGCAACGAGAUCUGUUGGAUGGAUCUAGGUGGGGACAUUCGUUCAGGGUUGCCAACCCUAUGCCAAGCCUGGAAAGGCCCUGGCUGGACUCCUGUUCUAAUCCUGCCCACUACUCAGUCAUGUGGUUAAGAGAAAAGAAGAAUCUCACCGACACCAAAUCCAACUCAAGCAGCAGCACUGCCAAUGUUCACAGCUGGGCAAACUCCCACAGUUUCCUGCAGAACGCACACCGCAAGGGUUUGAAAAGUAAGUCUAGAGAGUCCACGGACCCGAAAGUGAUUUUCCAAAAAAAGAUCAAAACAAAGAAGAGUCUGUAUUCUGACUUUGAAAAGCAGAAACAGUCAGACAGGAAAUGGGCAGGAUGCCACUUGUUGGGCAAAACUCAGCCACGUCCCAAGAAGGGACUUGCUUCGGCCAAGAAGCCAGGGGCCGUAACGGAGGACACGUUCUUUAAAGAUUGGGUUGAAUCCUGGAGGUUCCUGGUCCAGCCUGACACUCUGAAAAAGCAGGUGUCCUUCAAGUCACUCUCCGGCUGGAAUGAGUCUUGGAAGCUCCUCAUUCCACCUUAUUAGAUUUUUUUGGACCCGGUUCAAUCCUCUGAAAUGUCAAACAACGACGGUCGAACCAGUUCUUUUAGCUGAGAUGCUCUGACAUGCUUCCAAGUUUGCUUCUAUUUUCUUCUUUUUCAUGUUAAAGCUAAGAAUGUCGUUUUUGAAGGUUGUAUCUGACUGAAGAAAUGUGAAGAGACGUCAACUAGAAUUUACAGAGUAAGACGAGGGAAAAGCAUGACAAGACUGAAGAAGGCAAGUGUUGACAUUUAAAUGGUCAUUUAGAAAAUGAGAAUCUUAAGAGAAAAGGAUAAAAACGAGUGUUGUCUUAGAUGCUAUUCAAUAUAUUUUGAAUAAAAAAGACAAAGAAAAAAAAGGAACAAAAAACUAAA